AUGACACUACGACGCUCCGCUCGUCUGAGCGCCGUACCCAACAACUCCAUACCGCUCCUGCAACCGGCGGUCCAAGCAAAGCGCGCCAUCAAAACCACCAACCCCAAUGGCAUCUCCAAGACACGAAAGCCCUCCGCAACAGCAAGGGGGAAGAAGAAAGCCCGGAAUCUCAACCCAGAACACCCUCCCCUCACCUCCGCCCCGAAACCCCAACCUCAAUCCAAGACACCACCACCACUCCCGUCCACCAACAUCUGGGACCCCUCCCCCACUAAUCAAACCACACGCAGGCUACACUCCACUCCUCCCCCUCCCCCGCUUAACCGACCAGUCGAACCGCACCUCACCAACGCAACGCUCCUAACUCCCCACGGCUCAUCGCUGGUCGCCUACCCAGCCGGCACGGAGGACGCAUCGCCCAGCAAGACCGGCCGACCGCGUCCCACAGCCACCACAGGCACGCUUCUCGAACAGGCCGUUGCGCACUUGAUCGCCACGGACCCGCGUCUAGAGCCCGUGAUCAAGCAGCACCCGUGCUUGCUGUUCACACCGGAGGGCCUCGCCGAGCAGAUCGAUCCGUUUCGGAGCCUCGUGUGCAGCAUCAUCGGGCAGCAAGUCUCGGGCGCCGCGGCUAAGUCAAUCAGGGAUAGAUUCGUGGCGCUGUUCGAUGUCGAUGGUCACACGGGCGCGGGCGCGGGCGCGGGGUUCCCAUCCCCCGGGGAUAUUAUCAAGAAGGAUAUCGACACCCUGCGCACAGCGGGUCUCUCGCAGCGGAAAGCGGAAUAUAUCCAUGGGCUGUCGGAGAAGUUUGCCGCCGGCGAGCUGAGUGCCCGCAUGCUGCUGAAUGCGAGUGAUGAGGAGCUGGUGGAGAAGUUGACUGCCGUACGGGGGCUGGGGAAGUGGUCUGUGGAGAUGUUUGCCUGCUUUGCGCUGAAGCGCACCGAUGUGUUCUCGACGGGGGACUUGGGCGUGCAGCGAGGGUGUGCGGUGUUCAUGGGUAAGGAUGUAAGUAAGUUGAAGGGCAAGGGCGGUGGUAAGUUCAAGUAUAUGCCGGAGAAAGAUAUGUUGGAGCUGGCGGCAAAGUUCGCUCCGUAUAGGAGUCUGUUCAUGUGGUAUAUGUGGCGGGUUACGGAUGUUAAUAUCGCCGUGCUGAGUUCCUAG